AGAGGAAAGAAAAACAGACAAACAAAUGGGGUUAAAUGACAAUAAUAACCGCUGCACUUCAGCAUCUGCACACCUCUCCUGGCAGCCUCAGAAAGUGAUUCAACAGAGAGUGAAGAAGUCACUGACAUCAGCCGCAGCUGGUUCACAUUAGUAACAGGCAGUUUGUCACCUUCAGCUGAAUUCCAGCUUCUCUCUCUCUCUUUCGCUCUCUCUCCUUAUUCUCACACACACACUCACACACCGUAUUUCUCCCUCCAAUCUUGAGUCUUUCGCUUCUUCUGUCUCUUAAAAAAACACAUGACGAGGUGUGUGAUCACGGCUCACACUUGUAAUUUCUCCAACACCGUCUCACUGUGGAGGAAAGCCAGCAUUGCACAUCCAGAGGCUGACGUAACAGAAUAAUGCAAGUAGAAAUCUUAAGACAAUACCAAGCAAGUUAGAAUAACAUAACAUACAUAAUAACAUAAUAAUGUAUAAUAUUAUUUCUAUGCUUAUCCUUAUCUUAUCCAUAUCCUUUUGGUGUGCAGUGCUCUCAGACUUUAAUGUGAAAUAUCAUGCAUCAAGUUGUAAUGGCUCUUUUCAUUAGUGCUCUGGUCUCUUUAGUGUCCCCAGUGAGUCAGUGUCCAGAAAAAGAGAACAUUUUGAGGAAGUGGUUUAGCCAGAAACAGGAAACUCAACACUGCAGUUUAUGUACCAAGACAAACUGAAACACUGAAUAGAUUUGUGGAACAACCUCAACGAAAAAGAAGGUUAAAAUAGAAACAUCUUUGCACAAACCUCAAAGAUCGCAACAUGGGAGCGCAACAAGUUUGGCAUCUUUCGUUAAUCUCCACCUGGAUAUCUGUCUUUGUCUUCCCCUCUUUAUGCUCUGGAUCAGGCGCAACAGAACUCAGCCUGAAGGGCCGAGUCUUUGUGGCCUUUGUGGGCGAACAUCUCAACAUUAGCUGUGAGUUGAAGAUACCAGCGAACCACACCUCAGAUGUGCUGAUGUGCUCUGAUCCUAAAGGCAACGAGAUAUACAGGUGUGAAAUCCAUGAAUCUGACCAGCCACAAAAUCUCAACCUGAUUUUGGAGCCAAAAAAUCUGAGCCUUUCAGGAGAAUACAGCUGCAGAUAUGGUACUGAGAACGUGUACUGGUUUCUUCGAGUGAGAAGAGAAGGCUACAGUGAAAUACGGGAUUACACACAAUUCUACAUAGUCGCCAUCAUUACUGGCCUGCUGCUGGUUGUCAGUGUAGUCGGCUCAGUGAUUGUCUUCAGAGAACGUGGGAAAGAACCCAUCACUGAAGGUGGUGACACUGUCAGAAAACGAAAGCAGAACAGAGAAAAAAUGAAGGAGAGCGAAACGGAGGAAGACAACGUCAAUGCAAUAACAUCUUCGUCCAACUCUUUCUAUGCUAGUCUAGAGACUCGGCCCAGGUCCAUUUAUGAUGUGCUGGAUCUCUCGGCUGCUAACAGGAUGCCAGGCCAAAGCAAAGCUAAACCCAAGAUAAAAGAACCCAAAGAAACGAUGGCACAAUCCACACAAGACCAGCAAGAAGGUGUAUUUGAGUCUGUCUAUGAAAACUUUUGAAUCACAAAUAAACUUUUAUCAGCAGAUUGUGAUACAGUG